AUGGCGGCCGAGCCUCAGUCUCAGUCCCAGUCCCAACCCGACGUGGGUACUGAGUCUGCCAUCAACCGGUUGCUGAACCGCCAGGCGCAGCUGGCUGAUCAGCAAGCCGAAGUACAGGCCCAACUCGCAGCCUUGCUUCCCGCCAAGUAUGGGUCUAACAUCAAGCUUGAGCUGCUCAUGCUCCGUCACAAGCUCCAUGCCUUGCGCGCCUACGCCGCCCUCCAUGACGUUCCAUCUAACCCACCUCCGCUCUCGGAGGCCGAAGAGGCUCGAUUCCUUCAGUACCAAUGCGAAUGUAUUGAGGCUGCCAUCGUGAGAAAUGGCAUAAAUCUAUGGGAUCCCUAUCUAAUCGAGUCCCUCAAACGGCUGAUUCCUGAUGAUACCCCCGAGGCAUAUGGAAAUUGGUGGUUGGAGAAGAACAUUGCCGAUCACGACCCCGUCUUCCGGCGUAGCAAGAUACGAGACUCACUUUCCCCGAGCUCGCGAAGCCCGACCACCGCAUCGUACAAGUGCUUGGAUGACAGCUGCAUUCAUUACGUCUACGGAUUCCAUCGUCAAGACGACCGUGACUACCAUGUGCGAGAACAUUCUUUAGCUUCGCGAAAGGAUGGUGGGCCUGUUAUUCCUUCCAUCGCCAACACACCAUCUCUCACCUUUCCCGACAAUGCUUCAUCUAGAUCGUUAGGGGGAGACACGCCAAGACGGUCCUCGACGUACCAGCUGCCGAAGCCCCCCGUGCCUGCUCCGUUACGAUCGUUGAGCAUACCGAGCCAACUCAGCGACAGCGAUCGGAAGGACUCGUUUCCCGGCAUGUCUUAUCCGACGGACAGCCUUACGCGCCAGAGGAGUUUUACCGAAGCGGAUGUAGACCCGUUAUUACCACCGUUGAGGUUCAGCAGGGCGGGCCAGUCAAGGUUGCAGUCGAUUGGGGAGCUGAAACUGCCCAGCACCAAUGGCCCUUGCCUUAGGUGUACCGUCAAGAAUCUUGCGUCUUAUGCGGUCACAACACCACCGCUCGAACAACGUCGUUCAGUGAACCAGUUCCUCGAGCACACCUACAACUUUCCCCCGAACUUCCUCGCCUUCGUCCGCAACUGGCUUGAUUACGACGACUCCUUCUGGUCGACCGAUGAAGACGUAGUGGGUAGGAUUACUUUGUCGCAGAAUCUGUUGGCAGGCAGUGCCGUGGUCAUCGCCGUUCUCGUCGCGAGUUGGAGCGCUACGGACACGGCUCUGCUAUUUACCGAUCUGUUGGGAUGUAGCGGCCGGAAGCUCGGGUUCCGCCAUAGGGAUUCAGAGGAGGCCACAGUCCCUGUUCUACAUCGGGCCAAGGUCCUCCUAAGAGAGGUUCUCUAUCACGACUUGCAACAGACUGAGCCCGUUCUUACGCUCUCCUCUGCUCCACGCCACCAACGGACACCACCGCCCGAAGGGGUCGUCGAUCACGAGAGACAGUUCCGACUCGUACACGACGCCCUCACCGAAUUCUUACAUGCCUUCGAGCACACAGUGUUGCGUAGCGGAGCACCCGAUGCUCGAACUUCUCUUGCAGUUCUAAUUGCCUUGUGUAUCUUUAGCGUGGCUAAAUCAAUCCUCGUCGAUAUCGCGUCUUCGGCUCGACCACCGCAACAACAUGCGCCAUCAUCAACGUGGGACCGCUCUGGUGCUCUGGCCCUCAGCGCCGUGUACAAAGCUCUCGUGAGCAUAUAUACUUGGUCGUGUCCUCGGGUGUUGGAUGAGCCUUCCACAGACCUGCCAGAGGCCGAUAGGGAGGUGAUCCAGAUGAUUAACGCAGUCGUGAGGAGGGACGAUUGGGGCCAGUUUGGUAUCGCCACGACGAACGACUUCCUUAUGAGGCUAGGCGCGAGCGACGUCGAAGGAGAGCUAGGGCCGAAAUAUUUCGGAUUCGUCCGACCUCGAGCCCCCGCCCGCCUCGGACCGCAGAUGCUACCCCCGCUGCUCAAGAUUACCGACGAUAUACGAAAGCCCGUGUCCGAUCCUGCUCGGGAAGGGACGCUAGACAAUUGGCAUCCGGCUUCGGCACCAGUGUUGGAAGGAGGUGUUCGUGACUAUCCAAUGAAGGACGCUACGGAUCACAUCAUGGCGUCUCCGCAAGCGAUGGAGUCUGGGUUGCCUAGGCGGCAUACUGUUGGGGAAAGUCCUGGGUACUCGCGCAGUUCCGUCCGAAUAGGUCCGUUAAUACCGGGAGGCCGAAUACGCCCUUCAUAUCAGCGUCCGCCUCUGCGCCGAGUCUUCUGCAACAAGUGUCACGAGUACCCCGAGGGAUUCCGAGGCGAGCACGAGCUGCGGCGCCACACCGAAUCAAAGCACGCUUCGCUGGUCAAGAGAUGGAUCUGCAUCGAGCCCGAGUCCCCGAAUCCGUCAUCUCCACGACCAGUUGUGCCGUUGUCAAAGUGCAAGGCAUGCGUAACGCAGAAGCGCUAUGGUGCGUAUUACAAUGCGGCGGCUCACCUUCGAAGAGCGCAUUUCCACCCUAACCGGGGAGGCAAGGCCAGCGGCGACUGGCCGCCGAUGACGGCGCUAAAGGAUUGGAUGAGGGAAGUUCGACAAUCUGUUGACGUUAAUGAUAAUAAUGAUUCAUCGAGCGGUGGUGAGGAGGGAGAAUUCAAGUCUGGGCCGCCACCGGCCGAGUAUUACCAGGCGCCGCCGCCUCCGCAGUCACUCUCACAACCCCAACAGCAGCAACCACAACAGCAGCAGCAGCUUCAGGCGCCCCCACCUCCGCCAUCAUUACCACCACCCUCGCAACCGCUGGCCGGCCCCGAGCCCACGAGAUUCGCACCAGUAUUGGCACCUCUCCCCGUCCACGGUACCGGACCCGUACUCCCGACGCACCUCGCAUCACCGGCAACCGGCCACCACCCUAUUCCGAGUACUACAGGGGAUGUGAUGAUGUCGACGCACAGCAGCCCAGCGGCGGCAAAGACGCCAGAAAAUCGCAGCCGGUGUCCUCACCCAGAUUGCGGACGGGUAUUCAAAGAUCUUGCGGCGCACAUGCUAACACAUCAAGAAGAACGGCCGGAGAAAUGUCCGAUCGAGACAUGCGAGUACCACACCAAGGGCUUCGCAAGAAAAUACGAUAAGAAUCGCCACGCGCUGACGCACUAUCGAGGCACGAUGGGAUGUCCUUUCUGUCCGGGGGCCGGGACGAGUGCGGAGAAGGCGUUUAACCGAGCGGAUGUGUUCAAGAGGCACUUGACGUCUGUGCACAACGUGGAGCAGGCGCCCCCCAACAGCCGGCGGGUCGUAAUUGCGGGCCCGAGCGACGGCAAGGCGGAGGCCAAGUGCUCGAUAUGUCAAAGCACAUUUACGACGGCGCAAGAGUUCUACGAGCAUCUCGACGACUGUGUGCUUAACGAGAUUGUCCCUGGCGGAUCCAAGUCGAGCCGGGAACCGGAAGGGUCCAAGACACCGAUGACGUCGUCGUCACCAGGGAAGAAGAAGUCGCCGGCUCGCGAGGGAUCCUUUAUCACGAAAAUGUCUCCGUCGGUAGGAGAGAGGAUGGAGGAGUGA